AUGCAAACCAAGGGCAGCAACCACGGUAGCAGCAGCGGCAGCGCUUCCUCCGCUGCCUCCUCCGCCUCCGCGGCCGCCGCCCCGGCCGAGCAUCCCCCGGCCGCCUCCGCCUCCUCGCCCGCUGCCAUGGCGGCGGCCGGGGCGGAAGGGCUGCGGCAGGGCGAGACGGAAGGCGACGGCAGGAGCUGCGGCCCCGAAGGCGCCCUAAGCCCCCACCUGCAGGAGGAGAUGCAGGAAGAGAUGGAGAAACUGCGGGAGGAGAACGAGAGCCUCAAGAACGAGAUAGAUGAGCUGAGGACAGAGAUGGACGAGAUGAGGGACAGCUUCUUUGAGGAAGAUGCUUGUCAGCUUCAAGAAAUGCGCCAUGAACUGGAGCGAGCCAACAAGAACUGCAGGAUCCUUCAGUACCGGCUGCGCAAGGCUGAGCGCAAGAGGCUCCGCUACGCCCAGACCGGCGAGAUCGACAACGAGCUCAUACGCAGCAUGGAGCAGGACCUCAAGGUUGCAAAAGAUGUAUCGGUGAGACUUCAUCACGAGUUAGAAAAUGUGGAAGAAAAACGUACUAUAACAGAAGAUGAAAAUGAAAAAUUAAGACAGCAGCUUAUAGAAGUUGAAAUUGCCAAACAAGCACUACAGAAUGAACUGGAAAAAAUGAAAGAGCAAUCACUGAAAAGGAGAGGAAGCAAAGACCUGCCAAAAUCAGAAAAAAAGUCACAGCAGACACCAACAGAGGAUGACAAUGAAGACCUGAAAUGCCAGCUACAGUUUGUCAAAGAAGAAGCAGCCUUGAUGAGGAAGAAAAUGGCUAAAAUUGAUAAAGAGAAAGACAGAUUUGAACACGAGCUGCAAAAAUACAGAUCAUUUUAUGGGGAUUUAGACAGUCCCUUGCCAAAAGGUGAAGCAGGUGGGCCACCUACCACAAGAGAGGCUGAACUCAAGCUUCGACUGAGGCUUGUGGAGGAGGAAGCUAACAUUCUUGGGAGGAAAAUAGUGGAACUAGAAGUAGAAAACAGAGGACUGAAAGCAGAGCUUGAUGAUUUAAGAGGAGAUGAUUUCUCAGGGACCACUAACCCACUCCUGGGAGAGCAGAAUGAAUCCCUGUCAGAAUUACGACAGCAUUUGCAGCUAGUAGAAGAUGAAACAGAAUUGCUGAGGAGAAAUGUAGCUGAUUUAGAAGAACAAAACAAACGCAUAACAGCUGAGCUGAACAAAUACAAGUACAAGUCCGGGGCCCAUGAGAGCUCUAGGCACCAUGAUAAUGCCAAGACGGAAGCGUUACAGGAGGAACUAAAAGCUGCACGAAUGCAGAUCAAUGAGCUGAGUGGCAAAGUCAUGCAGCUCCAGUAUGAGAACAGAGUUUUAAUGUCCAACAUGCAGCGUUAUGACUUGGCCUCUCAUCUUGGCAUCCGUGGCAGCCCUAGAGACAGCGAUGCAGAAAGCGACGCCGGAAAAAAGGAGAGCGAUGAUGAUUCCCGCCCCCCUCACCGCAAAAGGGAAGGUCCCAUUGGUGGGGAGAGUGACUCCGAAGAGGUGCGCAACAUUCGGUGCCUGACACCCACGAGGUCUUUUUAUCCAACGCCGUCUGGGUGGCAGAAAAGCUUCACUGACAGGCAGCAGAUGAAGGACAUUCGCUCUGAAGCGGAGCGGCUGGGCAAGACAAUAGAUCGCUUAAUUUCCGACACGAGCACCAUCAUCACGGAGGCAAGAAUUUACGUGGCUAAUGGGGACCUCUUUGGACUGAUGGACGAGGAGGACGAUGGCAGCAGGAUACGCGAGCACGAGCUCCUGUACCGGAUCAAUGCGCAGAUGAAGGCCUUCAGGAAAGAGCUCCAGGCUUUCAUCGACAGGCUCGAAGUCCCAAAGUCUUCGGACGAUCGAAGUGCCGAUGAACCUUUGUCAGUGAGUCAGGUAGACUUUUACUUAUUACGGCCUACAGGUAAAAAGGCUCUGCCAAGCAAAUUAAGCCUCAAAUUGGAUUUUUGGCACAAAAAGAAAAUUCUUUAUUCGAGACAGUGGACAAAAAUCACUGUUUCUUAUAUUACUAAAAAUGCUAAUUUGGCCAUAUGGAAACAUAUUCUACCAAUAGGUUUGUUUGUAAACAUGGAAUAAAUCUGGUCUCCUGGAAAUUAAAAUUAUGCUCUAGGAGGUAGAACAUUUUACUCCUUUCUGGCUUUGCAAUUGCAUUUGACAAAGUUGGGCCUUCAUUGCCACUAAAGGCAGUGCGAACAGUAUUUUUGGGACAUAUGAACAUGAUUCAUAAAUGGACAUGAUUGUUUUCUUAGUGAGUGGAGGGGUUCCUAUUAAAUAAAUAAAUAAAAGGAAAAUUUUAUUAAUUUUCAACAGGAAGAAAUACUGAAUUUCAAAAAUUGUAGAGAAUAUGGCAAACCACAGAUAAAAUAAACGAUGCAAAUCUAUUUUAUGAAGUCACAGAGCCACACAGUAAUGU